AUGGUCAAUCUUGUUACCAUGGUAGAGAGGUCUGAACCGACUGACAUCUAUCAUAUCGUUUACGAAUUGGCCGCAUACGAUCUCAAUGUCUUCCUGACCACGAUGCGGUAUGAUCUCAGGAAGAUACGCCACGCCACAGCCUCACCGGAAAGAACAGGUUCCGUCAACAUGUGGCCUGGAGAUCUAAUCUCAGAAAGCGUCAAUCUCGCCGAUGCAUUGGACUAUCUUCAUAACCGGUUGAUCUCCUCCAAAUUGCAUUCAUCGCUUUCCCACAAUGACAUCAAACCAGAAAACAUCUUGGUGGUGUAUCCUGAGACCACUAGUGAUCGUGAGCUGUACCCCGUGGGACAGUGGAAACUCGCCGACUUCGGGCUCUCGAAGAUGAAAGUCAAGCGAUCCUCUGGUGGCCACAGCAGACACUUGAGUGCGGGCAAUCCUCCGUUCCUUUCUUCCUAUCCCCAGAGGACACACAGAACUGAGAGACCCAAAUCUGUGUCCAAUGAUAUACCAGAGAGAUACCCGGGGAUGUAUACGGCACCGGAGCUGGAUCAAGAAACCCCGCGAGAAGCAGACUGCAGGAAUGCGGACGUAUGGUCUUUCGGAUGCGUUCUCUCUGAGAUUGUCACCUACGCUGUCAACCUCGACUUCCAGCAAGUGGUGUCUUUUCGCGACUCACUUUUACAGAGCUCUCCAGCGGACUCAAAGUUCUACAAUAAAAGAUCCAAGGAUGUCAAGUCAGAGUUCAUCGACCAUCUUGCCAGACUACCGAAUACCACACAAUCAAUUACGCGCAUCUCAAGCAAUGCUCUAUGGACGAAUCAAUGCGUUGAUCUCAUCAGAAAGAUCGUGGUCAAGGAGCCGGGUAAUCGAUUGGGCCCAAGUAAGAUCCGCGAGAAGCUUAGCCAGAUCGGUCAAGCUAUGCACAGCGGAAGAGAGGAGUGGCUGAAGCAUAGCCCGCCACCACCACUCACAGUGGACAUAAGCGCUGCGAACACGGAAAUGGCAGUCUCUUGUCCAACGAGUAUCAUGUCCCAAAGCCCAACUGAGUAUACAAACCCCGAUCACGAGAGAGAAGGACCAAUCACCAGGAUACCGAGUAUCACCAUUCACCCAGUUGAGCAUGCGAGCUCAGACCCUAUACAGGCUCCACACUCUAAGGAGACUUCGACCCAAGCUAUAUAUCAGGGCGUCGAAGCCGGUGGCCGCACCAUAUCCAAUUUCGGAGACACGAUCGGCAACUAUCGAGGAAGAACAUUGUUCGAUAGUAGUAGAAGAAAGGAAGAUAUAGUAGAUAAGGUCCUUGGAGUCGAGCACCCCGACACACUCACCAGCACGGCCAACCUGGCGUCGACGUUUUGGUAUCAGAAGCGGUUGGAGGAGGCUGAAAAGCUGGAGGGGCCAAGGCCACAGAGUCAGGACGAGAAGAUGCCUACUGAGACACAAUGUUGUCACAAUGCGUCUCAAAGACACAUACUCACUGAUAUGUCUCGAGAGCUCAUCGAAACUCCCGAGUCUAUUUACGGCCUUCUCCCCGAUUCAUUGAAAUCGGGUGUGCAAUUCGACACCAACGGAUUGAGCGGCCAAUUCCCAGGGACCUGGACCUGCCGGCCGCUUGACGACAAUGAGCCCGCAUCAUAUCCACUCACGAUUGCUGGAGCACCAGUGACUAUCGAUGGCCGCCAACUGGAGGUGUCAGCCCUCCUCCAGAUCCUAGAUCGUCCAAACUAA